UCAACCUUCAAACAAGGGCAGCCAAUCAGAGAGGAGAUAAUGGCUCCACAUCUCAGUGAACUACUCACAGUCUUGUUAKUCUUAAUUAUGACUAUAUCAGGAGUACAAUUAUCUGAAUCAGCAAGAGUUUUCACCAUAGUAAACUACUGCAAAGAAACAAUUUGGCCCGGCAUCACACCUGGUGAGAACUUUAAUGGAGGCGGUUUUGCAUUAAAGCCGGGCCAGUCAAUGGUCUUCACUGCCCCGGUUGGUUGGGUUGGUCGGAUAUGGGGUCGAACCGGUUGCAAUUUUGACAAAAAUGGCAAUGGAAACUGCCAAACUGCUAGAUGCGGCAACUCCCUCAAAUGCAAGGCCUCAGGACAAACCCCGGCCUCACUGGCCGAGUUCACACUUGCAGCGCUCGAUUUUUACGAUGUUAGCCUCGUCGAUGGGUUCAACCUGCCAUUAGUAGUUACACCGGUGAACGGUCACGGUAACUGUUCUGUUGCUGGUUGUGACGGUGAUUUGAGGCCCAAUUGUCCAGCUGAACUUUCUGUUAAAUAUGGUGGGAAGAUCAUCGCCUGCCGGAGUGCAUGUGAUGUAUUUGACACCGACGAGUACUGUUGCCGGGGUGUCUACGGUAACCCAGCGGUAUGUAAACCUACAUUCUACUCCAAGAAGUUCAAGGAAGUAUGUCCUGCAGCAUAUAGUUAUGCAUAUGAUGAUCCGACCAGCAUUUUUACAUGCUCUGGGCCAGACUACAUCAUCUCCUUCUGUUCAUCAAGGAAGCAAACUGUGUGCACCUAUCACAAUAAUAAGCUUAUCUGCAGUGGAUCAAAUAGCUUAAAAUCACUCACUCGAAAAUGGUGGAUCGUGGUGCUUGCAUUAACAUUGAUGAUUAGUUCUUGGAUUGUGUUUUAAAAGAAAAGAACAUAAAUGUAAAUUCAUUAUUUUUUGAGAGCAAUUGUUCCCUUGUACAUUUGUGCCUGCUACAUAAAACAAAAUAGUUC